AUGCAGCCAACUUACCAUCUUCCCCCGAACUUUUCUACGCCGCCUCCUCCUACAGGGCCAUAUCACCUGGGGACCAUUAUCCGGGACGUCGAACACAAGAAACAGAUGUGCCCGCUUAACUCUGGCAAGGACAUGUAUGGUAAAGACAAACGAAUCAGAAUAGACACCGAUAUUCACCGGGACCACAAGGAUGGAGUCGAGCUCACCGGAUCCCAGCUGAAGAGCGGCGCGGUUGGCUUCUGGUCCAAAUUUAUGGGGUGUGGAAUCAACGGCGAGGCUAGCAUGACGGCCAACCGCAGCGAAACGGACACGUACAAAUUCAACAGUCUUGAUACAGAGUUUUUCUUCCCAACGAAAAGUUACAUCUCGCAGUGCAUGGAGCUCUCCGACGUCCAAGAAUACCUGGAGGUUACAGAGUACAAGAAGCCCGUGUAUCUCGUCACCGGGAUAAAGGUUGCCAAAGGGGUCUCUGUGCGGCAGGAGAGUGCUAUUAAAGUGGAGGGAAAACUGGGUCUGGGACUGAAUAUUCCUGUGGGAUCGAAUAUCCAAGUUGGCCCGAGAACGGAGGCCAAGGUCGAGAACAAAUCUGUAUCUGCCUUCGGGGAUUCCAGCGACAUUGUAGUUGGUAUUCAGUGUUUGAAGAUCCGUUAUAAGCAUAGCUGGUUUGGAAAAAGUCAGUGGCGAGUUGAAGAGGCUCACACCCGCGGCGCUACAUUUCUCUCCAGCGAUAACAGCAAACCACUGACGGAAGAGUUAGAUAAUUUCACCCUUGAGGGUGAGGUUGAGAAAUACCUUUACCACCAACCCACUGAGGAAGGUAAAGAGGAAGAGAUCUGGAAGCUUCCUGCAGAAUGA